AUGAAUGCAAGCAAAGUUGAAGAAGAUCUCUUUCAUCAUCACCUUGACUCAAUCGGCGACCCACAGCCGUUGAUUUUAGAUCACCAUGACUCAAUCGGCGAUCCUCAGCCAUCGAUUUUAGAUCACCAUGACCACCAGGAGGAGCAACAGCCGCCGUCGGAGUUUUCUCUGCCUCCAAUGUCGGAAUUCGACUUCUUUCGUGAUGACGAUGAGGAUGAUUCCAUCAGCCAUACCUCUUCUGACGCAGAAGGUGUUCCAUCUUUUACCAACGAUGCUAUUUCGUCUGAUAAAACAAACCCUAGGUUUCAAUACAUUAACCCGGAGCCUCAUAUAUCGUCUCAGUUCUACACAUUUAACAUCGAGUCUCACUCCUUGAUGAUCCGGUGUAUCCUAGAAGGCCGUCUCGCGACUCCCGAUGAGAUCAGACUGGCGACGCCACUCGCCGUGCUCACUAGCUGGCGGUCGGUGUGGAAGGACCGUAACGAGGACACAGCGUACCUGACGGCUUGGAAGCGGAUUCAGGAAAAGCUUACAGUUCACGUCGGCGAACAAGGGUUAAAGGAGACGAUCGAGAGAAUCAAACAAGUUUGGACUGUAGGUGCUAAAUUCUACGGAAUACCUGAAUCGUACAUUAGGGUUUGUGUAGCUGCCUGUCCUGUUUGUCUCGAUUCAAGUGGCUCAGCAGCGGCACGUUCUAAAAGGCGUAGGUUUGAAUACACAGAAUCAUUCGAUGUCCCAGCAAAAGAGGUGCCAAACAAGCUGCAACAAUUGGCAGCUAAACACAAGGUUGUUUUGUGUAUUAGGCAAAAGUACAUUAGGUAUAAACCUUUCAUGGCAGAGGUGAAAGAUUAUGCAUGUCAUAGAGCAGGGGAACCUGCAUCUUCCUCAAAGAAAUCAAGAAACUUGAAAAGAGAAGCUUAUGCUUCAAAACGAUGUGGAUGUAGAUUUCGAAUAAGAGCAAUUGUCCCCAUUUCAAAUUACAAUGAAAAAGACAAAACUUUUGUUUAUGAAGAAGAAGGAAUAGCUGUGUUUAAGCUGUAUGCAGUGCAUUCAGGGCAUGAACCAGGGCCAUUAGAUGGGAAUGCAAGAAUAAUGCACAGAAUUGUUGGGCAUAAAGGAGGGUUAUUAAUGGAACAAGACAUGGUUUUUGGAAUGAGUGAAGAAGAGAGUUUUUCAUUCAUGGGGAAAGAUGAUGGUGAUAUGCAAAGAUCCGUGUUGCAGCAAGUUAAAGAAUUGAGAAAUGAAGUAGGGUUGCUGGAAGGGAAAAUGACAAAAAUACCCCCUGAGCUGCUAGGUUCAGUUUCACAAGAACUGUUUGAUUUGUUGAAUAAAGUUAGAAGUGUAGGGGGAUAUGAGGAGUCAAAAUCAGGAGGAGGAGAUUUGGUUUGUGAGAAGCUGCAGUCUGAUGAUGAUCAUGUGUUGGUGGGAGUGGGAGAGAAUGAUUUAGGAGAUUGGAGCCAUCAUCAAAGGAUUUAUGGUGAUGGAAAAGAUGCAGCAGAUUUAAUUGAAGACGAUGAUGACAGUUUUGGUCAAACACUUGGAGAUGUUGCUUCUUGUUCUUGGGAUGAAAAGGAUCUUUUAUGUAAACCUGAAAAAUGGCUGAAAUGCAGCAGCAGCUGCUUUGAUGAAAAGGCUAUAAUACUCAGCGACUCCAAAUUAAUAAAGCCCAAUAUGAAUAUGAAUAUGGAGACGGAUAGCCUUGUAUCUCUACAAGUUGACAGUUUCUACCCUGAGAAUCCUAGUAAAUGGUAUGAAUGA